AUUAACUAACGCGAUAGAUUUCCCUCCCCGUAGCAUGCAAGAACCCAAACCAACGAAGCAAGAGAAGGAAGAGGGAGAGGAGGAUGCGCCAGAACUGAAACAGAGCAGGAGGAAGAUGAGGAGAAGAGGAUCAUGCGCCUGGCUCCGCGGUCAGAGGGUCCAAGCUCUCGUGGCCCACAAGCGCCGGCUGGUGGAGGUGCCCUACACAGCCACCCUCUCCCACACAGUCAACGUCCUCGUCGCCAACAACAUCGUGGCCGUGCCCGUUGCUGCUCCACCCGGCCGCUGGAUCGGCGCCGGUGGGUCGAUGAUACUGGAGUCCGACCGGGCGACGGGUGCGGUGAGGAAGCAGUAUAUAGGGAUGGUGACGAUGCUGGAUGUGCUUGUGCAUGUUGCUGAGGUGGUGGAAGGGGGAUCGGCAUCGCCAAAGGAGCAGGAUUUGGAGAAGAAGAUGUCAGUGCUGGUGUGUGAGGUGAUUGGGCACUCUCCUGAAGGGCUCAGCUUGUGGACCCUGCAUCACAAUACCAGCAUUCUGGACUGUAUGGAGACAUUCAGCAAAGGAGUACACCGUGCGUUGGUUCCACUUGAAAGCCAUACAGAAAAUGUCAUAGCAACAGAACUAACAGAGGCAUCACCUGGUUACAGAAUGCUCACCCAAAUGGACGUCUUAGCCUUCCUAGCAGAGCACGCUAAUGAACUCAAGGACGUGAUUUCAAGCAGCGUUCAUGAUCUGGGUGCAGUGAAUGAUAACGUUUUUGCUGUGACUAAGAAUAUGAAAGUCAUAGAAGCCAUCAAGUCCAUGAGGCUAGUAUCUGAUUUACAGAAUGACUUACAAAUAGCUUGUUUGUGGGUACCGCAUCAACUUCUCAAAAACGCAAUACGUAUGGCAGAUUUCCUAGGUGGUGCUGCUCUGACUUGUGAAAUUCUGCAGGGGAAAGGAAAGAGGCUAGUAGACACGUUCUCGGCUACAGAUCUGCGUGGAUGCUCGGUAGCUGAACUGCAGACUUGGCUGCCUAAAAACGUCCUCCAAUUCAAGCAGAAAGUGUCCAGUCCUGUUACUCCAAGGAAGCUUGUUACAUGCUACCACGAGACGAGUCUUGGCGAGGUGAUAGAUGAGGCGGUACAAGCACGUGUACACCGAGUGUGGGUUGUGGAUCAACAGGGAAUGCUCAAAGGGAUCGUCUCCCUUACCGAUAUGCUGCGUGUUAUUAGGGAAGCAGUGCUGGAUGCAGAUCGGGAACUGCAGAGGGUUGUCAGUCCAAACGUUUCAGAUAGGGUCGCAAUCCGCAGCUGAAGUGUGUGUAGGAAGUACCUGGCCGAUGGCAUUAAUUGUGCACCGACGGGAUAUCACCUCUUGGAUCAGUGCACACGAAUCACACAGUCCUUUGGUGCACUAUGAAAUACCAGACAAAUUAGUGAUGGCAACUCAGAGUGGACAAAGGUCGGGGUAACUUGCCCUCCACUCGACCAGACCGUGAGGAUCCUGAGUAGCAUGAGGGAUGAACGUGUCUCUAUUCAUUUUGGACUGUUUUCUCAGGUUUAGAGAACUUGUUGGGAUUUCUGUCCACUGAAGUAAUCAGUUCUAAACCUGACGGCAUAAAUAUAUAACGGCUAUUGGAUUACCGGAUC